CUACCAUGCACCCCACUGCAUUCCCUUUGCUCCGGUAGCACAUCCACGCCCAGUCGCCCACAUAAUCCCCAACAAUCAUGGGCAGCAGAUGGGGAGGAGGAGGCGGUGGUGGCCGCGGCGGCGUCGGCAAGAUCGGCGGCGCAGACGUGCCAUGGGAGUACGAUCCGGACUUGAAGAUAGAGACAAAGCCCUCGGAGUUAUUCCCACCCAAACCACCACCCAUUGCGCCUCCGCCGCGCCGCCCCGAGCGCUCCGCCGUCGCCCGCUACCGCGCCCUGCGUGAGCGCAUCCACGAGGGCCCGCUCUACACGGUCCUGGGCGACACGGCGCGCGUGUCCAAGUCGCGCCCUGGCGCCACCGCAGUCGUGGAUCCUUUCGAGGGCAUGCCCACCUAUUCGCAAAAGUACAAGAAGCAACGGCGCAAGAUCCCGCGCCUCGACACCCGGCCCUACAUACUCAAGUUCUUCCCCGCCGAGCUCUGGACCACGCUCGACCCCACGCUCAAAGAUGGCGGCGGCAACGCCGGCGGCGCCCUGAAGCGCAAGCGCAAAACGCUGCAAAUCGCGAAGAGCAACCGGCUCAGCCGGCUGGAAGAGCUGGAAGAAGACGGCGACCUGGACCGCGACGACGACGACGACGACGGCGACCUCGACAAGGACGACCCCGACGCCCAGCAGGAGGAGCAGGAUGACGACUUCGAGGAGGACGAGAGCGACCUCGACGACUACAAUGCCGAAAACUACUUUGACAACGGCGAGGACGACGACUUUGGCGACGAGGGCGGCGGAGGUGGCGGCGAUGGCUACGACGAGUGGUAGGGAUAGUCCCGUCCCGCCCGCCUGCUCGCCCCUCGGGAGGGCGUUUAGUGCGUUUGGUGUUUCGGCAUGGUCUUUUGGCUUGCUUGCAUGGAUUUGGCGUUUAAAAGCGGGAAGAGCCGUGCCCUGGCGCUGCUACUGCUACUACUACUUUUUUGCUACUUCUACCGCUUCUAGGAGUACUUCAGCUCUGUUUCGAUAUACCUCCAGAUCCGAUAAUCACAUCAUAUGAAACGCUCCU